AUGAUAGUCGCUGACGAGGAUGGUGAAACCCUCCGAGUGUACGACCGCUUCUCUGGGGAACAAAUAGACGAUGCACAAGUCGAUGCCAAUGGGUUGAUACAAUUCGAGGAUGGACGAAUGGCAAUCGAGCCCUCUUCCAAACUAGAUAGAUAUGUGAUAAUUCAAGAUCCGAACAGUGAUGAGAAAUUAGUGUUCGACAGACGCACAGGUGGUCAUAUCAGGGAUGCUGUUUACAGUGAAGAUGGACUGAUUCACUUCCCAGAUGGCAGACGUGUUGCACCGGGGUCGACUGACAACAGCUCACAAUACCUGAUCCAUGUUGAUCCUCUGACAAACGAACACCUGGUUUUCGACAGACACACUGGUGAGAUGAUUGAAGGAGCUUCGGUUGAUGCUCACGGUUUGAUAAUUCUGCCCGAUGGUAAAUUGCAUCUAGAUCAAGAUCGAGUCAAGUACAGGUAUAUCGUUUUCGAGGAUACAAACGAAAACUCCACCCUUGUAAUAGAUACGAAAACUGGUCAGAAAAUUCUCGGAGCAGCUGUGUUGGCUAACGGGCUAGUCAGACUACCCGAUGGGAAACUGGUUGCACCAAGCUCAAAUGUAAGUGCGAAUUACAUGGUGGUCGGAACAACAGAAGAGGGUCAAGAUCAAAUGAUUUUCGAUCGUCGGACAGGUGACCAAGUAACAGAUGCUUACUUGGACAAAGAUGGUGUGAUACACUUACCAGAUGGAAGCUUAGCCAUCGCAUCCUCCAUGACCGAAGGUCGCUAUCUAGUAGCACAAGACAAGCUGACAGGAGACCCCGUCAUUUUCGACCGUCGUACUGGAACAGAACUCACGAACGCCACACUCCACCACAACGGUAUGAUCAAGUUGGCGUCUGGACAACUCGUGGCACCCUCAUCCAGAGAAGGCUCUAAAUACAUGAUAGUCGCUGACGAGGAUGGUGAAACCCUCCGAGUGUACGACCGCUUCUCUGGGGAACAAAUAGACGAUGCACAAGUCGAUGCCAAUGGGCUGAUACAAUUCGAGGAUGGACGAAUGGCAAUCGAGCCCUCUUCCAAACUAGAUAGAUAUGUGAUAAUUCAAGAUCCGAACAGUGAUGAGAAAUUAGUGUUCGACAGACGCACAGGUGGUCAUAUCAGGGAUGCUGUUUACAGUGAAGAUGGACUGAUUCACUUCCCAGAUGGCAGACGUGUUGCACCGGGGUCGACUGACAACAGCUCACAAUACCUGAUCCAUGUUGAUCCUCUGACAAACGAACACCUGGUUUUCGACAGACACACUGGUGAGAUGAUUGAAGGAGCUUCGGUUGAUGAAUAUGGUGUUAUCCACCUUCCUGAUGGUGAUUUAUUUCUGUUGCCUCAUGUCGUUUAUCCUCGAUAUAUUCGAGUUUCAACAGGGUUGUCCAAUUCUUCCGUGGUUUUGGAUUCUUCGACUGGUGAAUUUCUAAGUGGAUCACUCUUGGGUGGAUCUCUUUUUCGUUUAGAUAACGGGGAUGUUAUUGCUAUCGGUAAUGUGACUGGAGGUCGUUUCGUUGUUUAUUGGGGUGAAAAUAAUACUCUUCCUCGUAUUUAUGAUACAUUGUUGGGUAAUGUUGUCCCUGGAUCAUUUCUUCGCCCUGAUGGUUGGAUUGAAUUUUCUGAUGGUUUGGUUUUUCCUCUUCUUGAUGAUGUUUCUACUGGUCAACGUUAUUUUAUUUUCCGUAAUACUUCAUCAACGCUGGACAUAGUCUACGAUGCUAUAUCAGGGCGACCUGUUUUCGAUUCAUUUGUUGAUGAAAAUGGCAAAAUUCAUUUAGCAAAUGGAUCUAUUAUAAAUCCUAUAGCUUAUAAUUAUUCAGUGUUACCAACUGACGAUGUUUCUCAUCCUGAUUAUGCAUCGAUACUUCGUGAGCGUAAAAAUGCUUCAUUAUUUCAAAUUGUUUCAUUAAAUUCUACUACUGUAACGAAACCUGAAGAAAUGGAUUUAAUUUCUCCAGAUGAAGUUGAGAAAAUAGCCAAUGUCAGUUCAUGCGCUUGUAUUGAAGAUCUAUUUCGACGGGGUCUUCUAAGGCUGAAAGGAGAAAAGGGAGAUCGUGGUGACAUGGGACCGAUGGGACCUCAAGGACCUCCUGGUAUUUGUCCAGCAACUUGUCAAUCGAAUACCUCUACUAGUUUAAUGGGAUCUAAAGGUGAACCUGGUCCUCCUGGUGUUUGUACAAUUGAUCAGUGUAAAGAAGCUGCAAUACCUGGACCACAGGGACCACCUGGAGAAAAGGGUGAAAAAGGUGAUCCUGGCAUAGUUGAUCUUACAGAUGAACAAUCAGUUUCAUCCAUUAGACAAGCUAUUGAAGAUUUCAUUUUACAACCAGAAAUUCAAAAACAACUUCGUGGACCAAAAGGUGAUCCAGGUGAAUGUUCAUGUUUGAGUGAUGCAGCGGAUAAUUCUCCACAGAAAAAAUAUCCAUCAUUCAAUAGAUUUGAUGAUUCCAAUGGUAUAUCAAGGAAUGAUAAAAAUAGUAAUAAUGGUGAAAUUGCUGGUUAUGGUGCAAUGGUAUUGGAGACUGAAGGGGAUUUGAGCAAAGUAUCACAUGCUUUCCCAAUUGGUACUAUGGUUUAUAUCAAACAAGCAGAUACAUUCUACUUGAAGACAGUGGAACAAACUAAUACAUGGCGCAUAAUAAACUUGCUUUCUAAGGCAGAUGCAGUUAAUUUGCCUAUCCCAAAACCUACGCCAGCUCCUGUCUUCGAACCACAAUACUAUCCAGUAAUAAAAGGGAAAAAGCUUUACUUAGUUGCCCAAAAUGAAGCAUUACGUGGUGAUUUAAAGCAUGGUGAUCGUAUAACCGGUGCACAUGCUGGAUCAAUAUUUGCAUGUCAACGUGCAGCAAAUUUGAAAGGCUUAGGAAGAGCAUUUUAUCCAUUAUUGAGUACAGAUAUGUUCAAUAUGGAUUAUGUUGUACCACCAACAUACAGAUAUGGGAUUCCAUUGGUCAACUUAUAUGGUGAAGUUUUAUUCGAUGAUUUUAUGAGUCUUGUUGAAGGACGUUCAAGACCUCAAGCGAAAUUACUGAAUUUUGAUGGAGUUGAUAUAACUGAUGAUAUUGUAGCACCAUGUUUAUGGAUUGGUCAAAAACCGAUUUAUUUAAAUGGGGAUUAUGAAUAUGCAGCUCAGUCGAAAUGUCGUAAUUGGCAAUCAACAUACCCUGGUGAAAAUGGUUUAGCUGUCUCUCUACCAAUUAUUGAGAAUGCACCCGGAUUAUUUUCUAAACAAAAUUUUAAAUUAGUGUCAUGUUCUAAAUUUUGUCGAUUAUUGUGUAUACAAAUUAUUCCAUCAGAUGCUUAA